CGGGAAACCACUGUUUUUGUUUGAUUUUCUUUUUAAUUAUAAUUAAUAUUAAUUAAUUGAAGAUAUUUCCAAACAUAGAACAAUAGAAUGGAUUCUUUGCAGUUUUUAUUAAAAGAUGUUCGUCAAGAUAUCACAGAAAAUCAUCUACAAUUAAAAGCAAUUACACAGGAUAUAAGUGCUUGUACAGGCCCAGUAUCUGAACUCCAUAGCCUGAACAGCGCAGGAAGAUCAAAAAUUGCUGCUCUGAGAAAAUUGAUAGACAAAUUCUCAGACGUUAUUUUAGAAAGGGAACAAUUGGCAAGUUCGAUGGAUGCAUUCAAAAAAGCAAAUUUAAAAGCGAUGCUGGCAAUAGAAAAAGGUUCAAAGGACGAAUUAUUAAAAUACAGCAAAGAAGAUGAGCUCAGAAGACGGAACAACAAAAGCAAAGAAAAUAUGGUACAAAUGAGCACAAAUGUAACGGAUCAAUUGCUAAAUAUAAGCAAACAAUUAGCCGAUACUACAAAACAGGUUUUUGAAUUUUUGUUUUCUUCAAAUUAUGUACUUUAAAAAAUAGUCAAAGAUGUAAACAUUAAGCAAGCGGCAAACCACCUAGGAAUUCAUUGUCCAAAAUGUGAGGAAUUUGUGGGGAAUUUUUCCAAAAUUCAUGAGAAUUUGGGAAAUUUAUAGGGAAUUUGGAUGAAUUUAUGGGGAAUUUGGAAGAAUUUGUGAGGAAUUUAUGAGAAAUUUAAAGGAAAUUAUAGGAUCAUAACGUCACUGAGGUUCAUAUUCUUAUUAUAAAAAUAGUAAUAAAUGGAAGUUUUAAAAAAAUCUAGUUUUGCAUUGGAUGUUGGAUAUUUAUUUUUUUUAAAGAAAUUCUCCCAAAAUUUCACUUCAUGAUUUACAGGUCCAAAUUUGAAAAAUUCAAAAGAAUAAUGUUUUUAUAAGCUGAUUUCCAAGAUUCUUCGUGUUGUUAUUUUCCACUGGAAAAAUUUGAAAUUUUGGGAAAAUGAGCUUCUCAUCUUCCUCUUUACAUGCAAAAAGUUUCAAAAUUUUCCCUUUACUAGUUUUCCAGGAAAACUUUGGAUUAUCUGAG